AUGAUGAUGGUGCCUCGGGCCUUCGCCCACAACCCACUGGCGCAGAGGCAACAAUAUAUCGACUUCAAUGAGAAAGAGAAGGACAGGUUAUCAUCCCGAAGGCAACCGCGAGACACCUCCCCUCGACCACCUCCAGCCCGUUCAGCGCUCACUCAGGGCCUUUCUCAAGAGCUAUCUGAUUCCCCCCUCAGACCCUCUUCAGACCCGGUCAAGAUACCUGUACGGACAGCAGAGAGUCGACCCCGCAUUACACCUCGACAACCGGUCGACUCCUCUCAAUCUUUGAGACAUUUCUCACCUUCAGCGGCCACUUCUCACUCACUGGAAAUUCCACGGCGGAAACACUCAGCCCAAGAGAUCUUGACAUCAACAACUAUCCCCGUUCGACGAAAGCCAAAGCAGAGGCCGAGUCAACGCCUGCCAGACUGUGACUAUGUUGCAGACUUCAGUAAGCUGUUAAGGGAUGAUGUCCCGCCCAGCACUGAUGGGAGUCUCUCGAGCAGCUGGACAAACCCACAAUUCGAAGGACUGUUUGGCAACAUCGAUGGCCUUGUUGGAGGGCAUAUGAUUGUGGGGAAUGAAAGUCUUGACCCUGGUAUCCUAUCCGCCAGAUCACUCUCGACUGAGUCGAUGCCUUCGCUAUCUUCCCCCGACGACUUCAGCAGUCUUUCACCCGCAACUCUCAGAUCUCCUUCUGACCAGCGAUUGCGACAGAUGGCGAGUUCGGAGGAUUGCAGCAACGAGCAUCCCCUUCUAGCCAAGGACGAGGAUGAGGACUUUAGCGGAGCAUCGACGCCAGAACUUUUCAUUUCACCGCCGACAAAGAUGAGACGAAGGCAAAUCGUCCCCAAUAAGAGACAGAGCUCGUUCAAAUCGAGUCUGACGGCAUCCCUUAAAGCUCUCAAGUCUGCAGCCCAAAGCGUGUCCGAUCUGACGAGCCAGCCUCCACUGGUACGACCAGACGAGUUCCUAACAAGAUCUAUUUUUGAGUUCAGACCCUCCCUUACCGAUGACCGACGCCCUCCACCUUCAGACGAACCCCCUUCAGCGGCGCUGAGGAGAUAUCUGAAUCCCAGAACCUUCGUCCCUCCUGAUUCUCCCGCCCAACUGCAUUUCUGGGUCGAGGAAAGACCUGUUGCAACCUCAUCGUCUGCUUCCGACACUCGGCCCAAGCUCAAGAUCAAGAAGAAGUAUAGAAACCAGAGAGCCCUUUCCUCUCCCGCAAACGAAACGGCCCCCUUCGUAGCGUCCAAGAGCCCUGUGUCCCAACUUCCACCUAUGGUCCAACUGGCGACGUGUAUCCCUUCGACCAUCCGCACCGCACACGCUUCUAGCCCACCAACUUGGCUCGAACCCGACGGCACCCCGAGCAACAAGUUCCGCGCCGCGCAGACCCUGUGGGCUGACCCUGAAAACGGCCUAGAGGAAGGUCAACCGCGGUCACGCGAGCCUCGGGAGAAUCGGGAUUUCCUUCGAGUUUUUGUAUGUGAGAUGAACAUGCGAAAGAAUGGGAAGUUGAGCGAGGAUGCGGUGGGCCAUGCGAAGUUGUGGUUGCCACCGGUUGAUGAGGCACCGAAGGGCAAAGACAAGGACGCAGACGACACGAACAGGCACAAGGUCGAAAAGGGCAAGAGGAGAAAGAUAGACGCCAGGGAAAGAUGGAGGAGUUGGUCGAUUGAAGACUUGUAA